AUUUAGAUGAGGGGAAAUGAUAGAGCACAAAGGCUCGAAUUUCUCAGAAUGAAGUGUUAAAUAAAUGUUAUAUCUAAGCUAAACAUCUCGCAGGCAGACACCUCAGAGUGUGAAAACUACAUGUUUGGUGCUUCGAUGCUAUAUAUAUAUGAAGGAACUUAUCUUUUAUGAGGAACUGUAUAAUUGGGAGAUUAAUAUCUAUACACGUCCGUCUAUCCUUUGGACUCACAACCUGUCUUUUCAAAGAGAGAUCUCUCAAACAACUUACUUAUCUUUAGGCCCAAUUCACAGAGCGACAGCCAACGAGCCAGACAGCAGAUGGACGGGCCGAUGCGUGUGUUGGUGACGGGUGGCAGUGGGCUGGUGGGGCGAGCGAUAGAGCGAGUGGUGAAAGAGGGCGAAGGGAGAGAAGGAGAAGAAUGGAUAUUCCUCACAUCCAAAGAUGCCAAUCUCAUGAGCGCCGAGGAGACGAGAUCAGUCUUCCAGAAGCAUCGUCCGACACACGUCAUUCAUUUGGCCGCCAUGGUGGGCGGGCUCUACAAAAACAUGAGACAGAACCUGGACUUCUGGAGAAAUAAUGUAUUUGUCAAUGACAACGUGCUGCAGACGGCUCAUGAGUUCGGGGUGGUGAAGGUCGUUUCUUGCCUGUCCACGUGUGUAUUCCCUGAUAAAACCACCUACCCGAUAGAUGAGACCAUGAUCCACAACGGUCCGCCACAUGAGUCUAAUUUCGGUUAUGCCUACGCCAAACGCAUGAUUGAUGUCCACAACAGGUCGUGUUUUGAGAAGUACGGUCGGAGAUACACAGCCGUCAUCCCCACCAAUGUGUUUGGACCCCAUGACAACUUUAACAUUGAGGACGGUCAUGUGCUUCCAGGAUUGAUCCACAAGACUUACUUUGCAAAGAAGGAAGGUCAACCUCUGCAGGUCUGGGGUUCAGGUCGUCCUCUACGGCAGUUCAUCUACUCUCUGGAUCUGGCUCGUCUGUUUCUGUGGGUUUUGAGGGAGUAUAACGAGGUGGAGCCCAUCAUUCUGUCAGUCGGAGAGGAGGAUGAGUUGUCCAUAAAGGAUGCUGCGAACGCUGUGGUUGAAGCGAUGGGUUUCAAAGGUGACGUGAUUUAUGACACAAGUAAAGCAGACGGUCAAUUCAAGAAGACCGCCAGUAACGCCAAACUACGCAAAUACCUGCCAGACUUCAAGUUCACACCGUUCAAAGCAGCUAUGAAGGAGACGUGCGAUUGGUUUGUGGCCAAUUAUGACAUCGCCCGCAAAUGAAGAUCUUCACAUCUCAUUGGCUGAGGAGAGUUUGAACUUUUCAGUGCUGGAAACCAAUGAUUGAUCAAACCAUUUCAGCAUCCCCUAAUAAUCGUUACGAAGACAAAUAAUACUGCAUUUUCAAACGUAUUUAUUAAAGUCCCCAUGAAAUCAAAAGGCAAAGGGCUUUUAGUAUGAAUAUGUUAGCAUUACUGUUGUCUAUAAGCUAGUAAGCUCCAAAAAAAUGACAAAAUUUACAUAUUCGGAACUUAUCACAUCUGCCAAAAAGUAUCAAUGAUUUUGAUGACAUCAUUCUGCACUUCAGCUUUUCAUCAGAUUUCCUGUCCAAUCAAAUGCUCUAGAAUCUGAAGCUCCGCCCCCUACAUUAUUAAUAGAUGCUGAAGCUUAAAAAAAAAUGCUGAAAUUUUUUUUAAUAAUAAUUUAGGAGAAGAUAGGGAAUGAAGAGAUGUGGGGGAAGGUUAUCUUAUAUUAUCUUAUUAUACCAUCUUUUAUUUUAGACUUAAAUUAUUACAUAGGAGGAAGGAUGGAAAUAAAAAUCGACUAAUACAAUAUUGGGGAUAUGAUGGUAGUGGGGAGUGAAAGUGGUGAUGGUAAUAAAUAAUAAAUGGUUACUUUGUUUACGCAUGCACACAUACACUCAUAGAUCAACACUUUUGGAAUUAUGGAAUUACAACUACUGCACUAUGUUUGUAUGUAUGUCUGUUAAAUAAAAAA